AUGAUCGAUGCAACAGGGCAGGACGGCCUUUCUCAGCCGAAUGUCCACUCGUCCAAAGGCAAGGAGACCACUGCCAAUCCACCAAAUCAAAGUGAUCUGCCUCAUGUGCAGUCCGAGCUCGAGAUGGAAAAGAUACUCCCACUCAAGGAUGGUGAUCAAGAAGUUCAUUUAUUGGAUACAGACUUUGAUCGAAUCUCAAGUCUCCUUUGUCAGGCUAAUCGAGAAGAAUGGAGCUUCCGACCACGCACCUAUGCAGUUCUCAGGAUGAUCAAUGCUGUUGAUUUAAUGGACGACUUUAUGCAGUUAAAUUGCUUGGAUAUCGCUUUACCGUAUUCUGGGAGCAAUCUUCCCCGGAGCCUCUCACCAGAGCGGAGAUAUCGAUUCCGCAGAAUGCAAGGUUCAGUCUUGACCAAAGCAGCAAGAAUCGAAGGUCGAUCAACAACUCACGCAAACUUUGCGGACAAUGCAGACAAUCACCUUGAGCCUCUCAAUAAGCUUGGUGAUGGCGGAUCCGGAACUGUCGAUCGUGUACGGAGUAAGCUCUCUCGUAAGAUAUACGUGCGAAAACGACUUGACCGCCAGAAGACCUUUGAAGAGAGUACGAAGUCUUUGAACUUCUUCAAACGUGAGGUAGAUGCUUUGAAGCGAUUGAAGCAUCGCCACCUUGUUCGUUACAUCGGAUCGUAUACAGAUCCACAAUUUGUUGGUAUCAUCAUGGAGCCCGUCGCUGAUUCGGAUCUGCGGGUUUUCUUGAACCAAAAAUCAUUUGAUCCAGCAGAAUAUCAUUGCAUUCGAGAAGCAUUUGGGUGUCUUUGUACAGCUUUCAUGUAUUUGCAAGAGAAAAAGAUCCGUCAUAAGGAUAUUAAGCCGGAAAACAUACUUGUCAGACAACGGAAAGUUUACAUCACAGGCUUUGGCAUCGCCAGGGACUGGCUAGCACAAGUGAAAAGUACGACAACCGGUGAGAUUGGGCCUAUUUCUAUGGCCUAUGCUGCACCUGAAGUAGUUGCAAAGGAGCCAAGGAGCACAUCUGCAGAUAUCUGGUCUUUGGGCUGUGUAUACCUUGACAUGAUUACUGUGUUGAAAGGCGAGACUUCAACAUCUAAGCUCACUUACUUCCGAGGUCAUGGCUCAUCUGGUGAAUAUCCCAGGAACAACAUGGAAGCUUUCAGGGACUGGGUGAAGAAGCUUGAGUCAACAGGAGACAAUGCACCUCUUGACUGGAUUAAAAACAUGAUCCGAGAAAAACGAGCCAGUAGACUCACUCCUCAACAACUAAUGUCCCAAAUUCUUGAAUGUGACGAAGAAAAAGACUUCUACGGGCUUUGCUGCCGUGGACAAGAUGAGGCUGAUUUACCUGCCGGGAUAGGCGAAACCGAGUCCGAGGAUUGCUCAAGUAGCGAAGAUUUGUCCGAUCAUAAGGCGUCGAAGAAAGGCCCGGAUCCGGCCGUUGUAGAGAAGCACCUCUGCAUCGCAGCCCGUGCCCAGGAUUUGAAGGCCUUGAAAAGAUGGCUUCGCAGGGCUGCUCGCAUGCAAAAGCGCUAUUUGGAUACUCGCGCUAUACGUCAGGCAGCCGCGAAUGGAAAUGAGGAGCUUGUGGACAUUUUGAUUCAAUUUGGCUGCAACCUGGAGCUCAAGUCCAACGGCAGAACUCCGUUAUGUACAGCAGUGCGGAACUCUCGUGAGGGCACCACCGAGCUGUUUGCGAAAACCAGGAUCGCCCUAGAUGCGCAAGAUUCUGCAAAAUCAAACACUGCCCUUCAUCUCGCGAUCCGGAAAGGCUUUCGUGCUGGAAUGAGAAUACUCCUGGAGGCUGGUGCUUCUACAGAUAUCCGCAAUGAGAUUGGAGAUACACCUUUGCACUUGGCUUCUUUAUGCGGAGACUUACCGGCUGUGGAGAUGCUACUUAAGCAUGGUGCAAAAAUAUCGUUGAAAGACAAACAUGACCGCACUGCAUUGCAUGUGGCUGCAGGGGAUGGACAUUCAAAGGUGGUGAAGAUACUUCUCAAACAUGGUGCAAUAACAUCGCUUAAAGAUGAGCAGGGGUGCAGCGCAUUACAUAGAGCUGCAAAGUAUGGACAUACUCAGGUCGUCCUCGUACUCCUUAACCACGGAGCUGAUAUUGACGAUUAUGAUGGUUCUGACUGGGUUCGAACGCCACUUUUGAAUGCAGUGGUAUUUAAGCGACCAGAAACCACAAAAAUUGACUCCUAUAUACUGCGCCAUUACACACGACUUGCGGGAAAUUGUGGCAAUUCUGCUCAGCUUCAAGCCAGACCUGGAGACCCGAGACCAACGCAACGAUACCCCAUUGCUCAUGGCGAUCCGGCGAGGGAAAAUCGACUUUAUACAACCACUCCGUACAGUUCUGGCCUUAGUCUUUCAAUUAUGGAGUUCAAGGACUUCCAUAUGGUAAAAAUUCUCAUCGAUAAUAAAGUAGACCUAGAGAUUCGAAUUCGAAACAAUGUCCAAGUAAUAAUGCUACAUGUGGCAGCGCGUUCUGAGAACUUGCAAGUUAUUGAAUUCUUGGCAGAGAACGGUAGUAAUGUCGAUGCAAGAGAUAGGGCGGGAACGACUCCACUCAUGCUAUGUGCAAGAUUUGGCCAAGCUGCCAGUAUGGAGAUACUGAUGAAAAAGGGAGCGUCAACCAAGAUCCAGGAUCAAACGGGAGACACAGCUCUUCACUACGCUACAUUUGCCGGCUCUAUGGAGAAUGCCACGUUCCUUCUGCAAUCCGGAGCAGACCCAAUGAUCUACAACAACAAUGGUCUCGUCCCAGGAGCCGUUGCGAAUAGGCGGGGCCACAAGGGGGUCAGAGAUUUACUCAUUAAGGCUGAAGGUGCUGGAAGGGUGCCUGCCGCUUGA